AUGUCGUCAGCUGCUGUUGGCCCAGCUCUUUCCCAGGGUGUCGGUUAUGGUGUCGUCCUAGGCGUUGGAGCUGCCUUUGCUCUGUUCAUGAUCACCAUCACGUUUAUCCUCAAACGAUUCAACAAUGAAGUCCAGACUGCGGAGAUGUUCACGACUGCGGGCCGAUCGGUCAAGUCUGGUCUCGUCGCGGCAGCUGUCGUGUCAUCGUGGACAUGGGCUGCGACCUUAUUGCAAAGCACCGGUGUCUGCUACCGAUAUGGUGUUUCGGGACCCUUUUGGUAUGCCUCUGGCGCAACCGUGCAGAUCAUUCUGUUUGCAACGCUCGCCAUCACUCUCAAGAAGCGCGCUCCGAAUGCGCAUACUUUCUUGGAGGCCAUCCGGGCCCGCUACGGCGCCCCUGCGCAUUUCACCUUUAUUUUCUUCGGCCUGGUCACCAACGUGCUUGUCUCCCUCAUGCUCAUCGCCGGAGGCGCUGCCACAAUCAACGCCCUGACAGGGAUGCACGGUGUAGCGGCCAUCUUCCUAAUGCCCAUUCCCGUCGUGGCCUACACAUUCAUUGGUGGUAUCAAGGCAACAUUCAUCACGGACUACAUCCAUGGCGCCGUUGUCUUGAUCAUUAUCAUCACAUUUGCUCUCUCGGCCUACUCGACCUCGGAGCAUCUUGGCAGCCCUGGCGCUGUGUACGACCUCCUUGUCGAGGCCGCUACCAAUCACCCGGUGGCGGGAAACAAGGACGGAAGCUACUUGACCAUGCGCUCGACUGGCGGCAUCACCUUCUUUGUGAUCAACAUUGUUGGUAACUUUGGCACCGUCUUCCUGGAUGCGUCCUACUCUCAAAAGGCGAUUGCUGCGCACCCGGUUCACGCCCUGCCUGGCUAUAUCAUUGGUGGCUUGGCUUGGUUUGCCAUUCCAUGGUUGACAGCGACCACUCUCGGUCUUUCGGCUCUGGCCCUUGAAUCGAAUCCCGUUUUCCCUACAUACCCGGAACGCAUGACUGACGCCGAUGUGUCGGCUGGUCUGGCCCUCCCCUACGCCGCGGUAGCUCUGCUGGGCAAGGGCGGCGCCGGUGCCACCCUGAUCAUGGUCUAUCUGGCUGUCACUUCGUCCUUCAACGCGGAACUCAUCGCCGUCUCAUCGAUUGCCACCUAUGAUAUCUACCGUGCGUACAUCAACCCCAGCGCCACAGGCAAGAAGCUCGUGUGGAUGUCGCACAUGGCCAUGAUUGGGUACGCCAUCAUUAUAUGCCUCGUUUCCGUCGGACUCUGGUACAAUGGUAUCUCCAUGGGCUACUUGUACCUUCUGAUGGGUGUCCUGAUCUCGGCGGCUGUCAUCCCCGCCACACUGACACUCAUGUGGAAGGGACAGAACAAGUGGGCUGCGACCCUGUCUCCUAUCCUUGGCUUCAUUUGCGCCAUCAUCGCCUGGCUUGUAACCGCCAGCAAGACUUGCGGUGUCCUCGAUGUCGCUUGCACAGGAUCCAACGACCCAAUGUUGGCGGGCAAUGUCACUGCGCUACUCUCCCCCCUCCUCUUUGUUCCGAUCUUCACUCUCAUUUUCGGACUGGACAAGUACGACUGGCAGUCUAUGCUGGCCAUUCGCCAGUCAGAUGAUGACGACAUCAUCAAGAAUGCAGGGUUGAGCCCCGAGGCUGUGCGCGAGUUGGAGCGUGCCCAGGAGGCAGAAUGGGUGGCGGAGAGGAAGAAGCUGACCAGAGCUCUCAAGAUUGCGAGUGUGACAACAGUGCUCUUGGCGAUAUCAUUCCUGGUCCUGUGGCCUAUGCCGCUCUAUGGCACGGGAUACGUCUUCAGCAGGAAGUUUUUCACUGGAUGGGUGAUUGUUGGCGUCAUCUGGAUCUUCUGCACGUUCAUUGCCAUUGUCAUCUACCCCCUGUGGGAGAGCCGUGCGACGCUCAUCAAGGUGACGAAGACUAUGCUCGGAAUGAAGACCAAUGACCAUCCGGUAGUCGAGGGCGAGCCCGCUCUCAGUGGCACAGCAACGCCCACCACCAAGGAGGGUGUCAUGAAGGGCGAGGAGAAGGUGGACAAUGAGAAGGUCUAG